UGUGUGGUCAGCUCUUACAUGGAAGAUUUUGUUCAACUGCUUGCUAAAGCAAAGUUCUGCGAACUCUCAUUGUGAUCACGUGACGGCGUACGAUCACUUCCUGUUUUGUACCAGCUCGAUGUAGAGAAAAUGGCAGAAUGAAUCUGACGAAGAUUGGGGAUUUUUGACAGCGUUUAGGGUGUAGACGGGACGGAAUCAAGUGUUGGGGACACGAUGAAUUCCUCACCCGAUACACCAAUUCUUAUAAACUCUGAUGAAGAUGAAGAUGAUAGUGAUGUGGAGUUCAUUCACGAGGAAAAAAAUGAAGAUUUGGACGUGAUAUUUGUAUCACAAUCCACGACAACACUGGUCACUCCUAAGUGUGACGAACAGCACACAGGAUGUGGCCAUGUUAUACCCUCGGUACCUAGUCGUAACAUGAGCAUAUCCAGUUCCCUGGAUAUGACCUUGACAAUAGAGGAUCGUGACCUCAACUCACCUCUAGACCUGUCGUCUAAAAAAGGGCCGAGUGAUUUCAGUGACAUUAGUGAGGCAAGUGAUGAUUCUGAUGAUGACGACAGUAGUGCAAUUGAUGACAUGGACGAUGAUAGCGACGUGAUACAAAGCCUAGUAUCUGGUAGCAGUAAGGGUGUUGAUAGGGGAGACAUUGGCUGUAGGCUGAACAGUGGUGGUAAUGGGGACAACCUGAUGCAGCCUCUACAGGACAGCAGUCUUACUAGUAAUGGUGUCUCCCCAAUAGAUGUCUUGGACAGCUCUGAUGUAACCAUGGCGGUGGUCAGUUCCUCGGAUACCAGCCCCCCUACAGCUGGGCAGGGAUGUGUUCUGUCUGUACCCUCACCACAUGUAGCAGACUUGGACAUAAAACCACAUAUACCUCAUUAUAAAACUGAUAAAAUGGAACCUUUUAUACAUGUUGGAGCAAAAACCAAGGAUGGAAUGAUACCCAAGGGGGCUCCAGUGCUGGCCCGGCCAAAGGAUCUCCAGUCCACGUCCAAAGGUGUGAGCAAGGACGAGGAGAUGUCCUCGGGGGAUAUUUGGGACUCUCUUAAAAAGGACUUGGACUUUUUAAAUGACACACCUUCGUGUCCAUCAGCACAGAGUUCGCUCCCUUACCCGGGGGGAACUGGGCCAGGCACGCUCAGUAUCUCAAAGAUUCUUGAUCCUACACAUCCACCCUCCAAGUGUAUGAACACACCUGCACAAUCAUCAAACAACUUCUCAAUCUCAUCAAUACUGAACUCUUCUGCCUCAACAGACUCCAAUAUCCGUUUGAGUCAAGGUCAUGUCAAGGACAAGGUCAAUACCAGUCAUAUACAUGUGUCCUCCACACCAAAGUCUGAUACUUCUCCAUCCACUAGUAUGUCAGUGGACGACCUUGCUUACAAUAACUCUUUAAACAAGCAGCUGCCCCCAAAGAAGCAGCAGCGCUGUAUGAGGCAGUUUAGCUGUCCCUCACUUCGCAAGGGCGGACCUACAAAACCUGUUACCUCACCAAAGUCGCAAAACUCGUGCAUUGGCUGGGAGAAAUGUUCUUAUUGUCAAGUUUCUCUCAUGGGUCUCAAGUCGUCACGAUGCCUGCAAGGUCAUGUGACCUGUGGCAUGUGCCUGGAGGAAAAGGUCAAACUAGUGCUAACAGGAAAAACCAAGGAAUCCCUGCGUUGUGUUCAGAGUGGUUGUGACAGUUAUUACCCUAUGAGUGAGCUGAAGCAGUCACUGCCAAACAUUGUGGUGGAGAUCCUCGAGGAUAAACUCGACAAUGACUAUAUUGAUUAUAUUGCCAACAUGAUCCUGAAGAAUGCUGGUGCCUCAUCUCCUCCCUCAUCUAAUUCUGCUCCUUCAACUUCCUCUUCUGCUUCGUCCUUUUCUUCCUCUGCCUCCUCCUCCUCUGUACCAUCAACUUCGGCUGUCCCCAUGGCAAUGAUUGACGACUCCCUCGGUGCUUCAACCAGCCAGCAGCCAUCCAAAGGACUAGAGUUCAAGGACGCAAUGGAAACUGCAAAACCAGAGCCACUUACAGUGAAAAAGGAACCGAUGAUGGAAGACUGUCCACCCAACUGGACACCAAUGGAUAAACGAUCUAGCUAUUUUAUGGUUCCUCUGGAGCCAGAGUCACAGGAAUAUGUUGAUGUUGCCCUCAAGUUCCACAACUCAAUGAAGUUCCCAGCAGCAGACAUCACUAAGAUCUUCAGAGUUCAAAACCCGAUUCUGUGGAAAUAUUACACAGUGAAGAGAACCGAGAUGAUUAUAGAGAAUGACGGCUUAGACAUCCAGGAAAACAGUCUGUUUCAUGGAACUACAAGCUCGGUACUGGACGCCAUCUGUAAAAAAGGAUUUGAUUGGAGAGUCUGUGGAAAAAAUGCAACAGUUUAUGGCCAAGGUUCAUACUUUGCUGUGAAUGCCUCGUAUUCUCACAUGUAUACGGAUAAUGGCAAUGAGAACCGUCGGCGUGGACGUGUUGUUACCCUGCUGUCCGGGAUGCCUCGCCCAAUGCCUGCCCAUGUGCCGUACCUGUCAACGUCUACUUCUAAUGUUUUGUCCCAGCAGAUUGGGUUCAGUCCCACCACCAUACAGGUGUAUACGCCACCCACUUCUAUCUCCUCAUUACCCACAGGAACCAAUAAUGUCCCUCUCUCCAACAUCACGCCUUCUAAUCCUGCCAGCUCCUCUCACUUGGUGGCACAAGGUCUGGUUGCUCCUCCCACUUUGAACAAAGGAUCAAAUAAUUCCAGUUUGGUGCCGCAGCAACAGGCAGCCUCAUCAUCUGUCCAGCAGCUGGCUCCAGGACCCAUCAGAAACAGAUACCUCACUACCCAGCUCUCAAUUCGCAGCAGACUCAUGAUGCGGCGUGACAGUAUGAGUGAGUUGAAGAAUCCGUCAAUACCUACCCCAAUUGGUCAACCCGCUCUGGGCAACCCGGCAGACCUCCUACCAUCAAAUAAAACUGUACAUAGAAUGUUUCUGGCAAAGGUGCUAGUAGGGAAGUACACUGGGGGUCACAGCGGACUGAGGAAGCCUCCUCCAUUAUACCCUUGUACCGAUCCGUACGGAAAGUGCUACGACUCAUGUGUCGACAACAUACACAACCCCAAAAUAUUUGUCAUAUUUGACACAGCGCAGGCCUACCCUUCCUAUGUACUAGAGUAUCAUUGUGAGGAGGGGCAGUGAGAUGUGGUGUUGUGUAAUACAUGGAAGUUUGGAUGUUUUGUGUGUAGCUAGUGUAAGACAAACAGUACUUCAAGGUUGUUCGCCAUGUUGAGACUGUCACCAUGGUAAAUAUAUACCAAACAGAAAUGGCUGCAGACAUUCAACUGUUUAUGUUGUGAAAAAGUAAAUAGUAUGUUAUAGGUUUCUCUAUUUUAGUGGCUGUGAUUAUAUAUCGAGCAUUGAUUUUGUCAAUUUUACUUGUUAUUUAAAGAACAAUUACAGACAUGUUUGCUACCUCUUGUUUUCUCACCUUACCAGAGAUCACAUGCAUCACUGCUAAAAUGCUGGUCAAGCAUCUGGAUGUGUCAAUAAUUUGGCAACAUUAAUUGUCAGCAGAUGUGUCACUAGGUAAAUCAGGUAAGCUUAAUUCUCUUACAUCUAGUAUUGACAGAUGUGUCGCUAGGUAAAUGAUCAGGCAAGCCUAUUAUAUGGAGUAUUGACGGAUGUGUCACUAGGUAAAUCGGGCAAGCUUAAUUCUCCUACAUCGAGUAUUGACAGACGUGUCGCUAGGUAAAUGAUCAGGCAAGCUUAACUCUAUUACAUGGAGUAUUGACAGACGUGUCGCUAGGUAAAUCUGGCAAGCUUAACUUUCUCACAUUGAGUAUUGACAGACCUGUCGCUAGGUAAAUCGGGCAAGCUUAACUUUCUCACAUUGAGUAUUGACAGACGUGUCGCUAGGUAAAUCAAGCUAACUUAAAAUUAACUGGUCCUACAUUAAGUGUCAAUGGACAUGUCAUUAUCAGGCUAACUUUGCCUUGUCCUACAUCAAAUAUCAGAGAAUGUAUCGCUGCAUCAAAUGUUGAAAGACGUGUCACUAGAGUAAUUCAGAUGCCUCAGGUAUUGACAGGCCUAUCUCUAGGUUAAUCAAGCUAGUUCUACAGUCAGUGUUGAUUAACAUGUCAUAAUCAGGCAAGCUCACCUAGUCCUGCAUCAAGUGUUUCGAUGGACACGUCACUAGAGUAGUCUGCCUACAUCAAGUGUUUUGAUAGACACGUCACUUGAUCUAGAGAAGACUGCCUACAUCAAGUGAUGGCAGACAUGUCUCUAGUGUAAACAGGUUACAUACAUCAAGUGCUGGUGGAUAUGUCUCUAGGUUGCAUUGGUUGGUUAUUGGUUUGACAUUUUACUUAUACUUUUACCUGUGUUUGUAUAGAGUUGAAGCUCUCACUCAGGAAAUCAAGCUACCUAACCUAGUACUUCAUCAACAGGUGUAGACUCAAAAUUUUGGAUGAUCAUGUGGAGGAUUUGAAAAGGAAGAGAAUUGCUGAACUUUAUAAUUAAUUUUCAAAAAGUAUUGUAGAUUUUCUCCUUGCCCUCUUACAAGAACUUUAUUUUUAUAUAUGGAUGAUUUCUUGGUGUAGUUUCUUAUUCGAUGUAAUCCAGCUCUAUCUGAACGGUAAUUUAUAUGUUCCCAAUCAUUAAAUUGGUAGUGGUGAGUUUAGAAACCAAGAAGGCAAACAUUUUAUUGGUUACGCUUGUUAUGAUAAACAUGUAUGUAAAGCACAUGUAAUGUAAAACAGAAAUAUAUCCACUUAGUUAUAGAGUAAAAUGUGAUAUGUAUGUACUUCAACCUCGGGUACAAAUUUAAUAAAUUAACUUUAGGUCCGGAGAUACAAAUUUAAUACAUCUUUAGGUCCGGAGAUACAAAUUUAAUACAUCAACUUUAGGUCCGGAGAUACAAAUGUAUACAUUAACGUGAUGUAUGGAGAUACAUGUACAAAUUUAAUACAUUAACUUUAGGUCCGGAGAUAGAAAUUUAUACAUCAAUAUGAUGUAUGGCGAUACAAAUUUAAUACAUCAACUUUAGGUCCGGAGAUACAAAUGUAUACACUAACGUGAUGUAUAGAGAGAUACAUUUACAAAUUUAAUACAUCAACUUUAGGUCCGGAGAUACAAAUGUAUACAUUAACGUGAUGUAUGGAGAUACAUGUACAAAUUUAAUACAUUAACUUUAGGUCCGGAGAUGAAAUUUAUACAUAAUAUGAUGUAUGGCGAUACAAAUUGAAUACAUUAACUUUAGGUCCGGAGAUAGAAAUUUAUACAUCAAUAUGAUGUAUGGCGAUACAAAUUUAAUACAUUAACUUUAGGGCUGGAGAUACAAAUGUAUACAUUAACGUGAUAUAUGGAGUUACAUGUACAAAUUUAAUACAUUAACUUUAGGGCUGGAGAUACAAAUUUUAAUACAUUGACUUUAGGUCCAGAGAUAGAAAUUUAUACAUCAACAUGAUGUAUGGAGAUACAGAUUUAAUACAUCAACUUGUCUACGAAGAUGCAAAUUUAAUGCAUCAACUUGUGUAGGGAGAUACAUGUACAAGUUUAAAACACCAACAUUAAAUACAGAGAUGCAAAUUUAAUACAUUAACUUUAGGCCGGAUAUUCAAAUUUUAUGCUUUAACUUAAGGUCUGGAGUUAUACAUUUUAUGUUUUAACUUAAGGUCCGGAUAUACACAUUUUAUGCAUCAAUUUAAGGUCUGGAUAUACAAAUUUUAUACUUUAACUUAAGGUUCAGAUAUACAAAUUUUAUGCUUCAACUUAAGGUCUGGAGAUACAAAUUUUAUGCUUCAACUUAAGGUCUGGAGAUACAAAUUUUAUGCAUCAGCUUAAGGUAUCGAGAUACAAAUUUAAUAUGUCAACCUGGGGUAUGGAGAUACAUAUAUCAUUCAUCAAUUUGUGUUAUAGAAAUACAAAUAUAACUGAAAAGUGUUGAGACAUUUUAAAAUGUAAUAUAAUUUACCAAUUUUUAUUCUC